CAAAUUUUGAUUAAAGAAAUUAAACGCGUUCAGAUCUCUCUGUUUUCUUUUCUCUCUCAAACUACCAUGUCUUCUCUCUCGGAUGAUACCAUUCGCAAGGUCUUUGUCGAAUUACAAAGUAAAUACAUCCAUUCCCAACAACAAGCAAACACAAUCAAGGCACAAAUCACAGGAAAGCAACGUGAACGUAAAUUAGCUGAAUUGACUCGUCGCGAACUUGAUGGACUUGAUGAUAACAUAAAGACUUACAAACCCAUUGGCAAAAUGUUCAUUCAAAGCCCUUUAAAAGACAUGAAGCAGCAAUACGUUGAUGCUGUUGCAAAAGCCGAUGAAGACAUCAAAGGUUUAGAGAAAUCACAAAAGUAUUGGGAGCGUGCUGCUUAUGAUGCUCAAGGUAACCUUAAGGAUAUCCUUCAAGGUCCAAGAACUUGAUUUAAUAUUAGACAUAUAAAAUAAACAUAAUACAAAAAAAAAAGAAAUCAAAACGAGCCUCUCAAUAUUUGAGAUGUCUUUGUGUGAAGGUAUUGUCUUA